UAAGCAUUGCAUACGUUUCCAUAUGCGUUGCCUACGUUUCCAUAAGCAUUGCCUACGUCUUCUUCUCUACUUACGCUUAUGUACUUAAAAAUAGAAAUGAAGGCUUACGUAACUUGUGCUUUCUUUUUAGAUUCCAAAAGCAGAGGGCAUCUUGAUAGUGAACGCUUCUGGUUAUGGAAUAGGUAUGCUACAAGUUGGCGUUACGUACCACGUAACCAAGGCACCAUUAAAAACUAACUUUGACUUCAUUGUCAAGAAUAUAAAAGAGCAACGCAACCACAUUGAAACUCGAAUGUGUGCGCAAUGGAAAGGAAAAGGCAAGUCUUCGUCUAUGGGUGUCAUAGAAAUGACAAUYUUGUCAGGCUUUUCAGCAGACGAAGAACGCGUUAAUAAGUUGAUCAAAGAUCCAAGCCUGUUCCUCAAACGAAUCGAUUUCCUGAACAAAAAAAUCAYAUUCUAUUUCGACCAGAUCAACAAAUCCAAUGCAACUUGYAUAUCUGUACAGCUUGAUCGUACCCAUGACAUAGGGAAAACCAAGCCUGUUCCUGCUAUAGUGUAUGACUACUAUAAUCCGGAAAACCGAGCAGAAGCCUUAUAUUCAACAAACCAAGUCAAAGACCUGAAUAUCUGUAGUGUUUGUCCUUCAUGUUUUGGGUGUUACGCCACAUCCACCAAUUCAUCCACCAAGCAAGAGAUUACGAUCCCAACUCCCUGUACAGGCUGCGAAAAUCAAACUAAAACGAGGAUCAAUGCCGAUGCUAGCCAGCGCAACAAUACGGGAACAAAUCACGUUGACACUUGUGUGGUUUCAAUGCUUUGUGCACUCGUCUUACUGUUACAAACAACUGUCUUGUAAACAGGAAAGUCAGUCCUGACAAAGGCACAGCGUACYAAGCGKYAUCAGACCUCUCUUUCGUGUGACCACACCCAAUUACGCGACAAUGACUACCGACUGAGUCGGUGGAAUAUGUGGUYAAAGCUAUAUACAAGACAUAAGCAAUCAAUAUAAAACGACUUUUUUAUUCAAAACUUUGGUAUAAAUCUCUUCAAUUUUUGUAACAUUUUAUGUCGCCGUUGAUAAGGAACCAAAAGCGAAGUGAUGAUUACAUCACGUUCCUGGUUAAAUUAACCAUUUCCAGGCAAAGUGCUGGCUGACAGACGACAACAUUUAAAUUACUGUCUACAAUAAUAACAUUACAUACGAUGAACAGGUAAAUGCAGACCUGUAGACGUCUCGCAUGCUUGUUGCGUAAAAAAAACGUAAUACGAACCGAGAGUCGCGUAAGAAAGAUAACGUAAUACGAACCGAAAGUUCAAAUAAGCAAAAAAGCUUUAAAGCUUAAUAACAACAAAUAAUAACUAAAUAAUAGUUAUCUUAAAACAAAAUAUCCAACGAAAACAUGUAGACACGUCAAAAAACGUCUUUAACUUAUUUUAAGAGUGAAUGACGUUAUAUGCGUAUUUUAUACCACGGAAAUCCCAGAAAUAA